AUGAAAGGUCUUAUUAGAUUCACUCAUGUUGGCCCGUACUCUGUGAGCUUAGAAUGGGGAGAACCAGGAGUGAACGUGCGCGAACAACAGACUUUCAAAAUCAGAUGGAAGUCUAAACUAGGCCUAGGAAAUUAUUCUUACACAACACAAGAAAACAAUUAUAAGAUACAAGAUCUCUCACCUGACACAACGUAUAACAUCAAAGUCGUGGCAAUUGAGGACAACAAGUGCUUCUCUUCAUCCGUGCAUACAGCAAUCCCUGCACCCGACAAUUUUAAAUAUGUCUCGGAGGAACCGACGUCUGUGUCAUUAAGUUGGACGCCGCUUCAGAAAAUGGAUCCCAGUUCUUACGAAUUCCAAGUGAUAUUGUAUAAAAAUGCAGAGGAAACACAAUCAGUGACGGUGAAAUCAGAUACAAAUACUACUGUUAUGAAAAAUCUUCUUCCUGCCACUGAGUACAAAGCUGCUAUAAUCACAAAAUUGAAUAAUGGCCAUCUAAGUGAAGCAACCAUUUUAAACAUCCUUACAAAGCCACUGCCACCUGAAAACCUGCAGAUCAAAAACUUUGGUGCAACUUCCGUUUGUCUGAAAUGGACUUAUCCCAUCACCGAUGACAUGAUCAAACUCAGAUUUCGGCUGAUCUGCAGCGAUGAAAACAAUACUUUAGAAUCGCUUGUUACACAGGAAACAGAAGCAAAGGUUUUAAGUUUACAACCCGGAAAUGAAUAUACCUUCUCUGUCUACACUGUAGUUGAAUCAAAUGAGAGCACUCCUGUAAAACUCACACAACGCACAAAUAUAAAUAUGGAAUCCGUAUUAAUGGAACUGGGAUUACAAAGCCACUUGAUGAAUAAGAUGACACUAAAGUCUGUAUUGGAAUUAGAGAAAUCUUCAGAUGAGGACCAAACUGCACCUAGUUUUACAUCUUUGCCGUGGCUUUUUCUUAGAAAGCUAAUUAUGGGCAAUUCAUCAGCCAGAAGUAUAACAUGUGCUUCAAAUAGUAAUUCUGAAACAUUCAAACAGGCAUCUACUGACUUUAAUGAAGAUCAGGAAGGAAUUAAUCCUCUAGAUUUGAUCACAGCUCUGUUCCACUGUUCUGAUCCUUUUCUCCAGCAAGAAAUGGCCCUGAAAUUGUCAGUGUGUCAGUUCGCUGUGCCUUUGCUGCUGCCAAACUGUGACACAAACGAGUGCACUCUGACGCUCUGGGCCUUGAGGGACAUAACCAAACAGUUUAGAGUCCAUGGUUUAGAGGAAAACAGCAUUGUGCGGACUGAUUUGCCUCUGAUCUCUUUCGUCAGACUAGGAAGAAAUCCAAAUCUUUCCAAAUCUGAGUUUCUGAACAAGCUCAUCAGCAACAAGCAGCAAAAUUAUGACACCUUUGUUCACAGGAAACUGGAAAAUGGAAGCAUUAAUAAAAAGAUUUCUAACGGACUUGUUGAAAUCAGCUGGUCUCUUCCUAGUGGAAGGAAAAACAUUGACAUUUUUAAAGAGCCAGUAGCUGUGGCUAAUCUCCGUGGGGAUAUUACUGAUUUUAAGGUCCAAUUUGACUUCCUGAGCAGAAUAUCCUCUGGCGUUUUUCUGUUCUGUGAUGAUUUGGAUUCAAAUCAGACAUUUCUGGAAUCUCAGCAAGUCGGAUGCAAAUUAGUUCUUAUUUGCAACGCAGCUGAUCAAAAAUCAAGAGACAAUCUUAAACAAAAAUUGCCAAAGUUAAAGCUCAAAACACACUUAACCAUCCUCAAGGACGGGAAGAUGAAUGAUGCUGAAUUUGUUACUAAACUAAAAAAGGCUGUUGCUGAAAUAGUUGCAGAUUCUACAAAAGUGAGCAUUGAAAAGAUGUCAAAGACCGCAAUAGAUCUGGGGAUUCUUCUAGAUGAAGACAAUAACAUUUGUCAAAAUGCAAAGGAAAAGGCAAACAGAAUAACAAAAGACAUUAAAAAUAUACUUGAUUAUAAAAUAAAUGAACUGCCUUUGCAAGGGAAACCAUGGAAAGACAUAUCUAAACUGGAGAAAGAGAUGUGUCGCCUCAAAAAGGCAAAAAAACAAAAUAUUGAGCACUAUAUGAGUGAGCUUAAAUGUCAAAUCCACGAUCUAAGAAUGGAACAAGGAAACCAUAGGAUGAACGAAGCAAUAAAUCAUUUCAUUUCUGGCUUGUACUGCUCUUUAGAAGAGCAACUAUAUUUUCUCAAAUGGAUGAAAAUAAAUUUGGAUCUUCAAACAAAAAAGCAUACGUCCAGGUUUGAGGAGUCGUAUGGGGAUGCAUGUCAGAAUCCCACAGAAGAUAAAGAAUGUCUCAGAGAUAUGGAAAAUGCCAACAGCUCGUUAGGACUCCAACACUUUAUGAGAGAGUUAAGCCAACUCUACGAGUCUGCCCACUUCCAAAAAACCUGGAACCACCCUCACCUUCAAAAACUGCCAGAAAUUUGUGCUCAGUUGAUGCUCAAUGGGUUUCCUCUGGAACUUAUUGAUGGAGACGCAUCAAAUAUUCCCCUGACGUGGAUUAGAGAUGUCCUUGCGGCACUUAACAAACUCACAUCACCUCACAACAAAAUACGAGUCGUUACCGUCUUAGGAGUUCAGAGCAGUGGGAAGUCGACUCUCCUCAACACAAUGUUUGGAGUUCAGUUUGCUGUGAGCAGUGGCAGAUGCACGAGAGGAGCCUUCAUGCUUCUAAUAGGUGUAUCUGAGGAAUUCAGAUCAGAGCUUAAGUGUGACUACAUCCUUGUAAUCGACACUGAGGGGUUAAAAUCUCCUGAGAUGGAAAAACCUGGUGAUAGUUAUGAGCAUGACAACGAACUUGCAACCCUUGUUGUUGGGCUGAGUGACAUUACAAUUGUCAACAUUUCCAUGGAAAAUGUAAUAGAAAUGAAAGACACUUUGCAAAUUGUUGUCCAUGCCUUUCUCCGCAUGAAGGAGGUGGGGAAAAAGCCCUGUUGUCAUUUUGUGCACCAGAAUACAGCAGAUGUUGCUGUGCAUGAAAAGAAAGCACGAGAGAGAAAGAUGUUCUUGCAGAAGCUGGAUGAAAUGACACAAGCAGCUGCUAAAAUGGAGAAACGGGGCAAAAACAAGAAAUUUACAGACAUUUUGGAGUAUAACAUCGAUGAAAACAACUGGUACAUACCUGGAUUGUGGCUUGGAACUCCUCCAAUGGCACCUGUUAACACUGGUUACAGUGAGGAGGUGAGUAACUUUAAAGAUGGCAUGCUUAACGUCUUGAGGAAAACUAAAUUCCCAGCACAGGACUUCAUGGAAUUUGCUGAAUGGAUACGCAGUCUCUGGAAGGCUGUUCAAUUCGAAAACUUCAUCUUCAGUUUUCGCAACAGCCUCGUCGCUGAAGCGUACUCCAAACUUUGCGCUGAGUUCAACACUUGGGAAUGGGCCUUCAAGAAGCACAUGAUUGACUGGUACACAAAGUCUGAGACCAAAAUCUCCAACAUGGGUGUAAUGUCCGUGCAGUCAAUGGAUGCGCCUAAUAUUGAUCACAUACUGAAUGAUUUAAAAUAUGAAUUUUCUGAUGAGCUUGACAAAGAAGAGAAAAUCAUUUUUAACAAAAUUCAGCAAUACUUUGAAAGUGAGGAGGAACAUGUGCAUCUUGUUGAGAAUCACAAGGAGAACUUUCUAAAUAGUGCAAGGGGACUUCGAAGAGAGAUUGACAUAUAUUUAAAGAACAAACUUGAGAAUGCUGUUUUGAUACAGAAGGGGAUUGAAAAGGUGGAACUAAUAAAGCGAAAUCAGAGGGACAACAUGAAAAAAGAAGUGCUCAAUUUGAUCAGUGUCUUCAGGAACAGCACAAACAGCCUCUCUGAAAGUCAACUAAAUGAAGAAUUUAAAAAACUGUGGGAUGGCACAGUGAAACAGUAUUCCUUCACAGCUCUACCAAGGCAAGACGUGGUAAAGGAAAUAUAUAGACUUUUGCACAAUAACUUGGAAAUGAAAGGUAGGGCAGUGCAAGAAAUGCUGUUAAAUGUCACCAGUCUAGAUCAAUGUGGAAUUGGACCCUUUUUUGCAAAGGAUGAAACACCUGAGCAAAGAGAUGAAAGAAGAAACAGUUUAAUGCAAAUGGCAUGUGAAAGAAUAACAAACGAUUGCGAAACAUUAAUUAGUUCUAAAACAAGAGAAAAAUCAGACUACAAUAGUGCUGACAUUCAAGAACUGUUGUGCUCCAUUGACAAGAAUUUGGAAAGCUGCAGUGAAUCAGAGAUAAACCCUGAAGUCGAAGCCGCUCUCAAGAUUCACAUCUGCGGGAUCGCAGCAAGAGCUUUCCAGAAAAUGCACGACGACUACAUACAGAGAAAUGACCCUUUGAAAUCCCUUGAAAACUUCAAGGAGGAAUGGUUAGCUGACUUUAAAGACCUCUACUACCAACGAGAUCAGUGUCAGAACAAGGCAGAGACAUGCAUGAAUAAAUGCUUUGGCCCUGCUGUGAUGGAAUACAUCAACAAACGUCUCGGACCUGACAUUGUGGAUGAAAUGCUAACAAGCAAAAGAGGCGUUGAUUUUAGCACACGGUCACUUUUCCAGUUCUCACUUUUAAAACAGCUGCUUCAGGAGGACGAUUUCAGCAAUGUUUCUGCAUACGUGGAAAACUAUGAGAAGUAUGUAACUGAGUGGAUUUCAGAGAAGAUCAUUGAACAUUUUUCAAAAGAUGAUGCUUUGCUUAAGUUAGAGCUAAAACAUUUGAGCGUAAUCAUCAACAAACUCAAGCAAGCUGUUAGUUACCAAAAAGAGGUAGACAUCUGCUAUAGCAACAAACUUCAAAGAACCAACAUCCACAGAUUUGUGACUUUUAUCUUCACACGCCUUAAUAAAGAUUUGGUCGCACCAACUGACACCCUCAAUGCAACUCUGUUUUUGAACAACUCAGACACUGCUGAGUUUGCAGAUUGCCUUUUGUCAUCAAUACGCAAAAUGCAUCAAAGCUUAGCAGAUCAGUUAUUCAGAGAAAGCAAUGUCAGAGGGAAGUUAAACAGACUGUCACUGAACAGGCCUCAAGAGGAGCUAUUUAAAAAAAUGUUUGGUUGUGGUAAAAAAUGUCCAUUCUGCAGUGCGCCUUGUGAAGCUGUCGGAAAUGACCAUCCUGAACACUUUACCUCCGCGCAUCGACCACAAGGCAUCAGAAACUACAGCUGGUUUUCAACUGGAAAACUAGUCCCUGAUAUAUGCUCAUCUCUAGUUGCUAGUGAAAAAAAAUUCUGUGGUAAAUCCACAGGAUAUGAGUGGCAUCCGUACAAGGAAUACAGGCAAAUCCACCCAGAUUGGAGGAUACAGUCUGACACAAGUAUCGAGGCCACAGAUUUUUGGAAGUACAUUUUUGCUAAGUACAACACUAAAUUUGCUGAACGAUACAAUGUUAGCCCAGCGGACUUACCAGCUGACUGGUACAAGAUCUCUGUGGAGCAAGCUAACAAAUGCUUGAAAAAAACGUUUAAACACUCCAAAAAAUAA